AUGAGGGUGACUGACCAGCUCAAAUGCUAUCAGUGCGGAGCGAUUCGUCCGUCGGACGGAAGCGCUUCUCCGAAUAACGGACACAACUGCCCAGGCUGCCUCAGCGACCUGACGGCUCUGGUUGCCAUCAACGAUCUGCCCCGCAUCAGUCGCGCCGAACAGCUGACCAGCGAAGGCGAAUCACGCUUCCGGGUUGAAGAUUACCGGGGAGCGAUUCAGAAGUUUCAGGAGGCCUUUGAGAUCUGGCCGUCGGAUCCGAUUCUGCUGCUUGAUCUGGGCAAUGCCUGUUCCAUGCAGGCCUGGAAUGAACGCAGUGAACCCCUGAUCCGACAGGGAAUUCGCUGGCUGCGGCAGGCGAUCAAGAUGUACCCCGGCUUUGACCGAGCCAAACGCAAUCUGUUUGAAUCACUUGCCACUCGUGCCGUUCUGUCCGUCUAUGCACAGACCGAACCGCCGGAUGAGGCGAAAGUCGCGGUGCACCUGAUCUGCGACAGCUGCCUGCAGCUGCUGCGAGUCCCCGCUGGAGACGGCCGACGACUGCGUCAGUUUGUCUGCCCAAAGUGCCGCACAGCCAGCACGCAGCUCAUGCAGCGCCCGGAAGCCGAACCACAGAUCCUGCGACUGUCCGAACUGCUGUCGGAAUGCUCCGCGAACGACGAUCAGCAGCGCGCACUGGGACUCGCCCUGCACAUGCAUGCGCUUGCCCGACAGCAACUGCCUCAGGAAGACACCACGUACCAGGCCGUCGCCAACAAUCUGGCGGCCGCCUUUUUCACCGCUGGUGACGGCGAACGGGCCCGCACGCUGAUGCAGGAAGUCAUUUCUAUCCAGCGUCAAACCGGCGGCGAACACAACCCGGAACUCCUGAUCCCCCUGCAGAAUCUGGCGGGCAUCUGCCGGAAAACGGGGCAACUCGACGAAGCAGUCUCCGCAUGGCGCGAGUGCCUGCGGAUUCGACGCCGAAACGGAAAUCCGGAUGACGCCACCGUGGUCACCUGGCUGUGUCAGCUGGCCGACUGUCUGGAUGCCUCCGCGCAACAGACAAAAGCCACAGCCGCGCUGGAGGAAGCACUGGCGCUUCAGCAGCAACUGUCCGGCAGCGAUCACCCCGAAUACGCAACCGUCCUGCAGCACCUGGCAAUCAACAAAAGCCGAAUGGGCAGCUACGCUGCCGCCGCAGAACUGCAGCGCAAAGUCCUGACCAUUCGGCAGGCUGUCCUGGGCGACCGUCAUCCGGACGUCAUCAGGUCGCUCACACAGCUCGCCGGCAGCAUUCAGCAGCAGGGAGACUACGCCCAGGCACGCGAGCUGCUUGAACGAGCACGCGCGCUAUGUAUUGAGUCAGCUCUGACCAGCGAUCCCGUCUACUCAAACACGCUCAACCAGCUGGGCCUGCUGCACUGUUUGAUUGGCGAUCAGGCGGCCGCAGCUCCGCUGUAUCUUGAAGCCCUCGACGUGCUGGACGAAAGCAAAGAACCGCGCGACGUCGCUUCCGUACUCAACAAUCUGGGAGAACUCUUCCGUGAAGUCGGUGACUUCGAGAAGGCUGAGCCACUGUAUCUGCGAGCGAUCCAGAUUCGACAACAGCACCAGAACGCCGCCCAUCCGGAUCUGAUUGCCAACUGGAACAACCUCGGGCUGAUGUAUUCUCACUCGGGGAGGUAUGACGAUGCCAUCGAGCGUGACCGCGCGAUCUACGGCUCGUCUCACUUUUACUACGCCAUUGAUCUGUCGAAUUGCGCCAUGGUCUGCACUGCCCUGGGACGGCCGGACGAGGCCUUUGAACUGCUGCAGGAAGCCAACCGGAUCUACGACAGUUUCACCAGUAACGUUUUUUCCAUGAGUUCCGAGGGUGAGCGGCUGCACUGCGCGCGUGAAAUCCACAUCGAAACGGAGCUGUUUCUGUCGCUUGUGCUGGAGCACUUUCCUGAGUCUCAGGCCCACGUGACGGCCGCCUUUGAACUGGUCCUGCGGCGCAAAGCCAUUGUGCUGGAAGCCGCGGCACAGCAGCGUGACUCGAUUCUGCAGGGCCGCUACCCGCAUUUGACCGAACGCCUGCAGUCACUGAGUACCCUGCGGGCUGAAAUCGCCAUGACCACGCUGGCCGGCCCCGGAGGGACACCGGCGGACGAGUAUCGUCAUCAACUGCAGCAGCUGGAAGCUCAGCGGAACCGCAUGGAAUCAGAACUGGCCCGUCAGAUUCCUGAAGUCACUCUGCAGCAGCAGCUGCGGGCAGCCGACCGCCGUGCCGUGGCAAUUCAUCUGCCAUCCGGCGGCGCCCUGAUCGAAUUCGUUCGCUUCCAGCCGUUCAACUUUCAUGACGGUUCUGAUCAGAGCGACUCAUCCGGAGAACCGCCUCACUACGUCGCCUUUGUCCUUACCGCCGACAAUGCUGACACCGUGCAACUGAUUGAUCUGGGUCGUGCCACGGAAAUCGAUCCGAUGAUUCACGACUUUCGCGAGGGCGUCGGCAGUCAGUGGCGUACCGACAACAACCGGGAUAUGCAGCGGCGCACGAAGGCAACUGAGCCUGUCGAUGCCGACCGUUCCGGGAAACUGCUGAAGUCACGGUUGUUUGAUCCGGUCGUGGAGGCACUGGGCGACUGCCGACAGAUCCUGAUCGCACCGGACGGAAACCUGGCUCGGCUGCCAUUCGAAACACUGCCUGUCUCAAACGAUGAAGUUCUCAUCGAUCAGUACCGCAUCAGCUAUCUCAGCUGCGGUCGUGAUCUCCUCCGCUUCAACACCGAAUCCUCACAGCAGUUCGGGACCACGCUGGUGGUGGCCGAUCCGGAUUUUGACCUGUCCACCGAUCAGGUCAACACGCCUGCCGACCAGGAUCCGCGCUCACAGGAACUCAGAUCCGAAGGCGGCCUCAGCGAAUUCAGUUUCCCGCGUCUGCCAGGAACGCGUCUCGAAGGAGCCAACACGUGGCUGCGAGGCGGGCAGCUGUCCGAAGAAGCAGAAGACGGAAUUCUGACAGCCGAAGAUGUCGCCGGCAUGGACCUGUCGACGACGGAGCUGGUCGUGCUGUCCGCGUGCGAUACCGGUCUCGGCGAAAUCCGAAAUGGCGAAGGAGUUUUCGGACUGCGUCGAGCCUUCGCAGCCGCCGGUGCCCGCACCCUGGUCAUGAGCCUGUGGAAGGCAUCUGAUGAACACACGCAGCAACUCAUGCAGGAUUACUACAGCAACCUGCUGGCUGAGAUUUCUAUGUUUGGUGCCAGCAGGAACAGGACGUCUGCCAAAAAGGAGCAGACCGAACAGCGAGGCGGACAGCUGCUGCAAAGCAGUCAGUUCACGGAGGCCGCGGCCGCGUUCCUGGAUGCAUGGAACAUGGACCGCACAGACGGUCAGAACCUGCUGAACUGUGGCACCGCUAUCUGGCUGGAAGUCACAGAGUACUUCAAGCUCGCCGGACUGACAGCGAUUGCCGGCUGCAAGUGCGGUCGCCCGCAAGAGUUGUUUAUCGCCUUCGCGACCAACCCCGACCGGGUUCCAGGCGGCAUUCUGGGUGACCAGGCGAGAUUCGACGAAUGCAGAAAUGAGUUUCAGAAUGCUUCCGCAGCAGGCGUCCUGCCGCGGGAGGUCAUCGACGAGGCGGCCCCCUGCGUCGAACGCAUCCCCGACUAUCAGUCAGAUUUCGAAUGGCUGACCGGCGCCACCGGCGGCUGGACAGUGCCUGAUUCCGGCAAGUUUCCAUCAGACGUUGCCCGUAAGCUGGGUCGCUUCACAAAAAAACUGGCUCAACAGGAAGCAAACGUGCUGCCGGACCUGACGCCGGCCACUUCCGCCUCCCCGGGCUCCACGUAUGUCGGAAUGUGGCAGGCCGAUGAAGACCUCCGCCCGGACGGAGAUCGCGACGAGUUCCUGCUGAUGUGCGCCACCGGCCUCAUGAAUGCCCUCGCCCAGCGCGUGAUGCCGCGUCAUCCCGAUUUUCAGAUCCUCAACAAGGAAGUCACACUCACCAGAGAAGACUGCGGGAUCGUAUUCACACUCAGCGUCCCCAGCCCGGCGUGA